AUGGUUCGUUCUGGUUCGGUUUCCGCGAGCCCGUGCGUUCGCUGGGUGGCCUUGGCGGCUGCGAUCUUUGUCAGCGUCGCCGAAAUUCCAUCAGUUGUUGGCCAACUACGUUUUGCUGCCAUUGGAAAUUACGGAUUCGACAUCUCCGGGCAGAAAGAAGUCGCAGAAACCCUCAAGAAGGCUGCGACUGAACAGCGCAUCAGUUUCUUGGUCAGCCCGGGAAGCAACUUUCCCAAUGGCGUGUCCGGCGCAAACGAUACAAAGUGGGAUGAAUCGUUUGAAAGCGUUUACUCUGAUGAAAGCGGAUCUUUAAAAAUGCCAUUUCUUACAGUCCUUGGUGCAGACGACUGGUCCGGCAACUAUACUGCUAUGCGCGAACGAACAGACCUUGUCUAUGGAGACGGCUCAGAAGCUGAAGUUGUCUCUAACUCCCCUAAAUGGACUCUGCCUAACUGGUGGUAUCACUAUGCAGUCCAUUUCGCCGCCACUACUGGAAGCGCUUUUAUCAGCUCCGGACAUAGAGAUAUGAGCGUUGGUAUGGUGUUUAUUGACACCUGGGUGCUUUCUUCUGCGUUCCCAUUCGGCAACGUGACGGAGAAGGCGUGGAAAGACCUAGAGAAGACCCUAGAGAUCGCACCAAAGGUAUUUGACUACAUUAUUGUCGUUGGCAACAGACCGGUGUACAGUAGCGGGUCCUCCAAAGGUGACUCCAUGCUACAGUACUACCUGCAGCCCCUCUUGAAGAAAGCGGGCGUAGAUGCGUACAUUUCUGGCUACGAUCGCGACAUGGAAGUCAUUGAGGAGGAUGACAUCGCUUACAUCAACUGUGGUACAGGUUCUCUGUCUGGAGGCUCCGCUCUCGUAAAGUCGUCAGGAUCAAAGUUUUUCAGCGGGGAUAGGGGUUUCUGUCUCUUUGAGAUGACAGCCGAUGGCCUCAUAACGAAAUUCAUAAGCGGCGAAAACGGAGAAACACUUUAUGAGCACAAACAGCCGGUCAAGACUAGGCCAGAGAGAUCCACCAUCGAUCAAUUCAACUACCUCAGUGAAAUGCCAGAAGUUGCGUAUUUCCCGGUGCCUGAGAUGGGGAAACUUCCGGGUAAAGACGUUUUUGUUCGAGUGGUCGGCACAAUCGGUCUCUGCAUUUUGGCUUUCUUGGGCAGUCUGGGGGUCGCAACAGGGGUUUCGCGGGCGAUGAAAUGA